AUGCACCUCUUCUCGCUGUUCAUUGCCUUCUUUGUGUUCAAGGUCUCUAUUGGAGCGCAGUUGCCAAUAUGGCUCUUCGACAAUGACGAACUGCCAUAUCCCAAAAGACCCGGCUCGAGGACUCCCGUUCCAGCUCUCUACCACGCCAGAUAUUCUGAACAGACAUUCAUCGGAACUCACGAUUCGGCCGCCUUGAGAACGCCAGAGAACGGCUACUCCUUGUCGGGAAAUCAGUACUUCAAUGUCUCGGUCCAGCUGCAGUCUGGUGUUCGCUUUCUCCAAGCACAAGGCCACAGAGAUCCCAAUGGCACCGUAGACAUACGCCUCUGUCAUUUCAACUGCGCGUUGAUGGACGGAGGGAGCAUCUACGACCACCUAACAACCGUCCGAACGUUUCUCGAAGCAAACCCUCACGAGAUCGUAACCCUGCUCUUCGUCAACGUCGGCGUACCCCUUCGUCAUUGGGUGAGAGCGUACUACGAAACAGGCCUCGAUCGAAUGUCCUACGUCCCACCGGCGAACAGAAAGUAUGGUAACAUGCGAGUGGAAGACUGGCCUACAAUCGCCGAGAUGGUGAGCACGAAUCAGCGAGUCGUGACAUUCCUCUCGAGCGGUACCGAUGAAGACGAGGUCCCAUACCUCCUUUCGGAACUGAGCUACACCUUCUCUACGCCUUUCGGUAUCGAAGCGCCUGAUCAGUACUCCUGCAUACCCGAUCGACCGUGGUGGAUAAGAGGCUACAUUCCCAACCGGCUGUCCAUUGUGAAUCACUUCUUGUAUGCUAAGUUCUUUGGAUUUCGAUACCCGAAUGCAACAUACGCCAAUACCACAAACGGCGCUGGCUUCCACACGGGCGAAUUAGGACUACACGCUGUUCAAUGUCGAGAACUCUACGAGAGACGGCCCAAUUUCUUAUUGGUGGACUUCUUCAAUGAAGGGGAUGUGUUUGAUGUUGAAUAUGGCAUGAAUGCCAAUUGA